CUGAGGGAAAAUCUCAACAUAAGUGAGAUACAUGUUUAUGAAUUCGGCCUAUUUUUCAUAAACACGAUUCACACAAGAUCGAGUGUCGAAUUAAAAUCAGACAAAAAAAAAGGGGUAAAAACUUUUAUUCUUCUUUCCAACGGGCCAAGUAUAUAAAUUUGAUUUUUUGAAUAAUGUAUAACUAGACUCGAACCAAUUUGUUGUGCGAUUGCAAUCGUACAUCGCCUUCACCGGGAUUAUUGGCCGGAGGAGAAACCGGUGCCGGAUUCUGCAAAGGGUGGUCAGUGAGUUCGAGGUAGACCGGAAAUAACAUGCCGAGUCUCUUCUAUCGUACUGAAUCCAUCAAAUCCAACUCCAUAAUAGCUCAUUAUUGCCUCAACUUUACCCGUUCAUUCUCUUCAACUUCUGAUCUCCAUUCUUCAUCUCUCUGGAACCUCUUAAAAGGCCGUAUUACCCAUAAUCACCUUCGACAAAUCCAUGCUCGGGUUUUCCGUAUUGGUGCUCAUCAAGACAACCUCAUAGCUACUCGCCUUAUUGGUCAAUACCCAUCAAACUUUUCUCUUCGUAUAUUUCAUCAGCUAAAGAUACCCAACAUAUUCCCCUUUAACGCUAUUAUUAGAAUACUAAGUGAAGAAGGAAGUUUUACUGAUGCAUUCUUGGUAUUUAACAAGUUGAGGGGCCAGUCCCUUUUGCCUAAUGAAUUGACCUUUUCUUUUCUUCUUAAAGCUUGUUCUCGUUCUGGGAAUUCAUAUUAUGUUCAACAGGUUCAUACCCUUGUUGUGAAAUUGGGAUUUGGUGAGGACCCAUCUCUAUGUAAUGGGUUGUUAAGUGUUUAUGCCAGGGGUUUGAAAGAAUUACAUUCUGCGCGUAAGGUAUUUGAUGAAAUGCCUGAGAAGGAUGUUGUUUGUUGGACUUGUUUGAUUUCUGGGUAUGCUAAGUUUGGUAUGUCUGAAGAAGCUUUGGGUUUGUUUUUAUGUAUGGUAAAGAAGAGUUUGAUCCCUGAAAAUGAUACUAUGAUUAAUGUUUUAUCUGCAUGUUCAAAACUUGAUAUGUUAAAUAUUGAGAGAUGGAUUGGGAAUUUUUGGUAUUCAAUGCAACAGUAUGAUUUGGGAUGUUCUGGAUGUGACUCAGUUAAUACUGUUCUUGUUUACUUAUAUGGGAAGUGGGGAAAGGUUGAUAAGAGUAGGGAAAUAUUUGAACAGAUUUCUGGUGAUGGGAAGAGAAGUUUGGUUCCUUGGAAUGCUAUGAUAGGCGCGUACGUUCAGAACGGCUGUGCUCUGGAUGGUUUAUGUGUUUUCCGGUUAAUGAUGGAGCUUAAUUGUUGUUGCCCCAAUCAUGUGACAAUGGUUAGUGUGCUCUCAGCUUGUACUCAAGUUGGUGAUUUGAACCUUGGUGUGUGGGUUCAUGAGUACAUGCAAGGUAGUAGGCAAAAAAGCUUUUUACUUUCAAAUGCAAAUCUUGCAACUGCUUUGAUAGAUAUGUACUCUAAAUGCGGGAGUUUAGAGAGAGCAGAGGAUGUUUUUGACCAAUUGUUUGUAAAAGAUGUGGUUUCUUUCAAUGCGAUGAUCAUGGGUCUUGCAGUAAAUGGUAAAGGUAAGGAGGCGUUAAAACUUUUCUCACAAAUGCUUGACCUCAAUUUGCGUCCAAAUGCUGGGACGUUCCUUGGUUUGCUAUGUGCUUGCAGUCACGCAGGGCUGGCAGCAGAAGGCCGUCAAAUAUUUAAGGAAAUGAGCCAAUGUUUUAGAAUUGCUCCUAGAUUGGAACAUUAUGCUAGCUAUAUUGAUCUCCUUGCUCGAGUAGGUUAUGUUGAGGAAGCACUUCAAGUUGCUACCUCAAUGCCUUUUAAACCCAAUAAUUUUGUAUGGGGAGCUUUACUUGGUGGCUGCAUGCUACAUAACAGAUUGGAAUUGGCCCGGAUUAUUUCCUCCAUUCUUGUUGAAGUGGACCCUAACAAUUCUGCUGGCUAUGUGAUGUUGUCCAAUACAUAUGCCAUUGAUCAUCACUGGGGUGCUAUUUCACGGCUGAGGUUGUCUAUGAAGGAAAAAGGAGUUGUAAAGCAGCCAGGAUGUAGCUGGAUCAACGUUGAUGGAGUAGUGCAUGAAUUUCUGGCUGGUUCCUCGUCGCAUCCUCAGAAUGAACGCUUGCAUACUGAAUUGCAGGUCUUACAGAAGGAGAUGAAGCUAGCAAGUGUUUAGACAACUAACAAGCAUAUUCUGGUUAGGAGUUACUUUGAGUAGCAUCGUCUUUCUACCAUAAAGAUUUUCCCAGAAUUAAGUAUGGGCUCCGUGGGAUAGAGCUGCAUUGAAGAUCUCUGUUGUUUGGAAAGUUUGGCAGUCUCAAAAUUGGCGAGGCAGGACGUUUGACUUGUUUGAAUAAUAACCAGAACUAUUUGAGGAAUGGCCUAAAUAGGAUUGUUAGUGCAGAAACAAUUUGCCUUUAGCUGACUGUCAAAUACUACAAGAAGACAAUCCUCUCUAGCCAUGCAGAUGUUCUGGACUCACUUGGCAGAGAUACUCAGGAAAAACUCUCUUCCUCUUAUAAUUUAUUCUUUUUAAUUGGUGGGGCAGCUUCUUUGAAAGCUAGCUUGACUUAGACUAACAUCCUAACGAGGGCCAAGAGCUUGGCAAGCUAGUAUUAUUUUUGGGAAAACACUAUUGAUACUCUAAACCUACACUCUGAGUUGGUUCAAUGUUUGUGGCACAUGCCUUUCAUUGUUCAAAAUAUCUAGUGCAUGGAGCUUGGUUCUGUCAUAGUCCAAGAUCGUUUGCCUGACUGGCAUGGAGUCAAGAUUGGUAAAACCAAAUGGAUUAUUUAUAAUGCAUCCUCCUGUUGUUUGAAGGAAAAGGGGCGGAAUCUGUGAAGAUAGAGGUCCUUUCUUUUUCUUAAGUUUUGCUUAGAAAUGCUAGCCCCUGCUUGUGGGCUUUCCUUUGGAGAAAUGGGCAAACUGGUGUUUUGGGAAGUGUGAAUGAUACUACCAGACCCAGUGUUUAAGCUAGGGAUAUGUUCAUACAUCCCAAGAUGUCUCAAGAACGUGCACACCUAGCCUAGCUAAGGAGUUCAAGGAUUGGACUUCCAGUCGCCACCUCAAAGGCGAAGAGGGUGCUCGGAAUGAAGGGCUUAACAACAUGAUAACAUGGAAGCACAAGGCUCCACCUAAAAGAGUACCCGGAGCUGAAAAGAGGUUCCUAACUUUCAUCAUCAACAUUGCCAGCACCUACGUCUUCAAUUUGAAUCUUUGAGGAUCAGGCACUAGUGCAUCUACAAUAGUAUGGGCAAUGACAUCUUUGAUGAAGAAUCCAAAAGCCAUGAAGAAAGUUCAAUCAGAAAUCAGAAAAUUAGUUGGAAAAAAAAAGAAGGGUUUGUGAAUGAAGAUGACAUCCAAAAUAUGCAUUGUCUCAAAGCAGUUAUAAAGGAGACAUUAAGAUUGUAUCCACCAAUUCCUCUUCUAUUGCCAAGAACAUCAAUUGAAAAAUCCGCACUAGAAGGGUAUGAAAUUCAGCCAGGAGCCAUAAUUCAUGUUAAUAUUUGGGCUAUAGGAAGAGAUUCUGAGAUAUGGAAAAAUUCAGAAGAAUUUAUUCCCGAGAGAUUUCUGAAUAACGAUAUUGAAUCUAAAGGGCAAGACUUUGAGUUAAUUCCAUUUGGAGCAGGAAGAAGAGGAUUACACUUGGUGUUGCAAUGCCAUUGUCAAAUCUUCUUUAUGCAUUUGAUUGGGAAUUGCCUGGUGGGAUGAAAAAAGAGGAUAUUGAUACAAAUGGUAAGCCUGGAAUUGUAGUGCAUAAGAAGAUUGAUCUUUGCCUUAUCCCUACUAAUCAUAUAUAGAUCGAAUAUACUUACACUUUUGUUUGGAUAAUUUUGUUACGUAUUAUUUCAUAAUAUAUCAUAUUAUAGUGUUG